AUGUUUGUGGAAAUAACUGUCGCAGUAAAUUAUAUAUUAUCACAUUUAUACACAAAGCUUCCGAGACGUCGAGUUGAUAGUUUCGGUGAAGAACUUGAAAAGUAUCUUCUAGCCAAAUUCCAACAUCAUUGGUACCCUAGUGACCCACUUAGAGAUUCUGCUUAUCGGUGCAUUAAUUCUGUCGGUCCUCAGGUAGAUCUUCUACUUCCUGAAGCAGCAGCUGUGAGUGGGUUAGAAUGGAGUGAAAUAGAAACAUGUCUUCCAGAAGGUCUCAUUAUAAGUGUGGAUCCAGGACAUGUGGUGUGCCAAUACACCCAAUCUAACUGUACAGGUCAUGACAGAUUCCUUUCGAACCAUUGGCCAUCAUCACCAAUUUCCUUAUCAUCAUCUGGAUGUUCUUCUGCAUCUUCUAUCUCAUCAUCCAACUUGACAAAUUCAUCUCAGAUUACUCACCAAGUUCUUUACAGUUUACAAGGUGGAUGGAUUACAAACAAUACAAAUAUGUUAGAUGGAAGUAAACGAGGUCAGUUUCUAACAAAGCUUAGACGUUUCGAAAAUGAUCAUGGGGAUUUACUGUCUACAGCUGCUGCUUUGAGUGUGUUAGUUGAACCUGAUGAAGGAAUCGACACCAAAUUUGAGCCUAAUACAAUGUAUGGAGUAAACUCCUUAGCUUUGAACUAUUCAAACUGGAACAAUGAAUCUUCUGUGAUCGGUACAUCUGUAAUAAAUCAGGAAGAACCUUCUAGGACUGAACCAAAUGAAUUUGAUUUAAAAUCUAUAAAUCCCCUACAAGCUGAAAUGUAUCAUGAGAAAGAAAUGUCAAAAACAAUGAAUACUUUUCCAUGGGGUGUUUCUGAAAACGUGAAAGAAUCUUUUUUAUCUAUAACAGGUAAUGAUCCGAUUGGCGGAACACCAUCAACAACUCAGUCUGUUAUUUUCAAUGCCAAAACAAAUACAUUCCAUUCAUUUCAUCGUUCCUCCUCUAAUCCUCCUCAUUCAGGUCAGUUAACAACAACCCAUGGUAAAGAAUCUAUUGCACUGUCAGCAAAUUUUGAGAAUUCAAAUGUUCUGUGCUCAAAAUCUGAUCAACCAUUCAAUCAAAUGUUUACAAAUCCAUUACCGAAAUCAUAUCCAACAUACAUACAACCUCUUAAUUCAUCACAUCCAUUCGUUCAAAAAUCUACAUCUACUCCAAGUUUUACAGCUGCUACUUUUGCUCAAACUAAAUUUGGCUCAACUAAGUUGAAAAGUCAUCCAAAACGUACACCUACUCGUAUUCUUUCCCCAGCAACUGUACAACAAACUAUUACAGCUAAUGAGAAUUUCUUAUCAAACGAUAGUGUUCUGACCAACUUUUUAACAAAUAACCAGCGUUUCGAUGCAUCGAAUUCAUCAAACAUGAGUGCAUUUAGAAGUUUUUUACCAAUGAAUAUUGAUAUAAAUACAACUAAACAAACCGGUUAUAUAACAAUGAAUGAAUCGAAUAUUUCUGAUCACAAUGAUUAUCUUAAUAUAAAUUUACAUGAAAAUGGGAAUUCAGUAUCUGAAAUGAAAUUUCUACCCAUUUCAUUUCUUCAAAGAAAUACAUAUAAUCGUAGUAAUAAUAAUCACAUUAAUAAUAACGAUACUUUUUUAAUAUCGAAUUUAGAAAAUUACCUAUUAAAUUCAUCGGAAGAUACUAGUCCAAAUAGUGUUUUGGAGAGGAUUCAUUUGAAUGAGGUUCAUAAUGAUGGUCAUACUGCAACGAGUUAUUGGCAAUCAUCAUUUGAAAAGCAUUUACAAUCUACCAAUAUGACAAUGGUAACAACAGAUGAAAUAGAUCUGAAAUCAGACAAUACAGAUUUUACCAAUUUAGCUGAUUGCACAAAUUGGAAUAAUAAUUAUUAUUCAUCAGCUAAUAGAACCACAUUUAAUCAUGUAUCGAACAAUUUACUUUUGGACAAUAAUUUCAAAAGUAAUUUAACAGGACUAUCAUCAAUCUGUGUUUCCAGUCCUGCUGAACAGCAUCAGACCCAGCAACAACAAGUAAACAUGAAAACAAACGAAAAUUUAACCGGUAGCAUUGAAGCACCGACAUCAAAUGACGUUUCCAACAUUAAUAAUGAUUGUCUAUUAGAUGAUGUUCUACUUUCUACACAGAUGGUAAAUUUGCUCUUAGAAGAGGACAGUCUAACUGAUUCAAAUUAUCGUGAAAACGUGUUCAAUUAUUUACAUUCAGAUGAUGAUGAUGAAAUAGAAGGAUUUAAAGAUAUUAAAAGUCAUUUGACCUUAACGAACAAAGAAAGUGAUCAGAAUGGUAAAGAUAUUCAUACUGAUAAUAGUAUUAGUUGUAAUAAUGGUCAUUUAGCGUUCAAAGAAGUAGAACCAAUUACAAAAUAUAAUGAAUCUAAUUUAAUUCAUACAGGAACAUCGAUAGCUGGUUCAGUCACAGAUAAUAUGCCUAGCAUGGUUGCAACAUAAAUUGUUUAGUCUUUCUAGAAAAUUCAGGAAGACUUUUUGAUUUGUUCCUAGUUGUAAAACUUCCAUAUUUUUCCCAUCGCUUUAUUCUUAUUUUAUGGUUUUCCUGAUUUUCUCACUAACAUUAUCGUUCUUUUCUCUCAUGCUCAAGUUUUUGGUUAUUUUCUAUACAUUUAUACAUGCAGAUUAGUAUAACUAUUGCUAAUUGUCAUUACCAUUUACAAAAUACCAUCAUAUAACUGAAAAC